UAUCCGGCUUUGCCUAGCAACUGAUGCGGUAGCCAUAGUCACCACAAACGCCAAAGUCAACAAAAACAACUGGUUUCUGCUCUCAAUUAGCUUGAUUGUUAUUGUGUUUGUUUGUCUUUUUUUCGCACGGUAGUUGUACUUGUAAUGAACGUUCCGUUACAAAUGUUACGCUCUGAAUAGUUACACUGUUCACUAUUAUUUGUGUUUACUGCGGUGUUUCGCUUGCAAGAUGGCGAUAUUUCUGUAGAUUUCAACAACGAAUUUUCCUCAUGUAUUAUUUGUGUACGCUUUUCAAGCGAGGUAUUGGUGUAUUUCGCCAUUCUACAGCCAUAUAUUUGUAACUGUCCUAUUGGAAUAACUAUGGUCAGCCCUCUCUCGUAACUUCAGCGCGGUGGACGAGGACAUGGCGUCGACGCAGUCCUUCGACCUGACUGGGGCCGGGCCGAGCGGCGCGGACGUGGUGCGGGACGGGGACUCGCCGCCCAUCUCCCUACGCGGCACGCGGGCUCGGGUCCACAGCAUGGCUCUGCAAGCCCUUCAGAAUGGCAGUGUGGAUGGCAGCAGCUCUGGAGAGUCCUGCGACGGCACCGUGACGACCGCCGUGGUCGUUGGCUCCACCGACGACGACGAGACGGGAGACGCACAUGUGAUGGCAACGUCUGCCCUUGUAGGAUCUCAUUACAUCGCUGUGACAGAGGAGGAUGGCUCACGUUCAUAUGCGCCCCUCACACCUUUAAGCACUGUUGUGGGGGAUGGAGAUGGUGUUGGUGUUGGUGUUGGAUCAGAAGCAACACAAUCUCAAGGAAUUCCUCAAACCUAUGUUCAAUUUGUUGGAGAAGCUGGAGACCAAACAAUUUAUACCACAACUAAUGGACAAAUGGCUUACACAUAUGUUGGAGACUAUCAAUCUACAUCAGGACAGUUCUACACUGGUACCACCACACCUGUUACUUACUCACAGACUUCCAACUCUAUUGGACAAACUAGUGUGGGCUCAAGUCACAUACUGACCCAAAAUACUCCUGCUGGUACCUUCAUCAUUCAGUCGCCUGUUGAACCCGACACAUCGCACACCAUACUGAGUGGCAACCGAUCUAGUCCCCAGACUGUUACUGCCCAGGAUGGCGGAGGUGUUUCCUACCUAAACAACAACUCGCCGCUAGAUGAGGAUGGCCCUAGUCACCUUUCACACGCAACACGAGUCUCCCCUGCCACUGUUCAGUGGCUGUUAGAAAACUAUGAAACAGCUGAGGGUGUGUCCCUGCCUCGCUCUACAUUAUAUUACCACUACCUCCGCCACUGUAAUGAUCACAAACUUGAUCCAGUGAAUGCUGCUUCUUUUGGAAAACUCAUACGAUCUGUAUUUUUGGGAUUGCGUACCAGACGCUUAGGCACAAGGGGCAAUUCAAAGUAUCAUUACUAUGGUAUUCGUGUUAAGCCUGGGUCACAGUUAACUAAUGUGUCAGAUGAUGGAUCCCCAGUGACUCCCCGAUCUCAGGCUUCAAAAAGGACAAAAGCACUGCAAAGGUCAGAAAGUACUGCAAAUUCUGAACAUUCUAGUCCACCCUCAGUUCAGACACAUCAGAAUAAUCAUCAGCAAUAUCUAGGCGACAGUACACAAGCUAUACCUGACUUUCCUCGUAUUGAAUUUCCCUCUCACUCACUCCUACCUGAAGAUUGUACUCUGGAAGAUGUCGAUACAUUCCGUAGCAUUUAUAGAGAACAUUGUGAAGCUUUCCUUGAUGCAAUAGUCAAUCUUGAGUUCAUGACUGUUGAAAGCCUUUGGCGUGAGUUUUGGCGUAGUCAAGAUAAUAACAAUGGAGAUGAAUGUGAAGAAGAGAAGUAUCUGUCAAAAACAAAGCUGUUUUUGCUUUGUAAUUGUACUCCAAUCCAGAAUUUUGUUCGUGCAGUUGAUUUUGCCUUUUAUCAGAAAUUGGUUGAAGUUCUCAUCCCAGAUGUUUUACGGCCUAUUCCAACUGCUUUGACCCAAGCUAUCAGGAAUUUCUCCAAAGGGUUGGAAUCUUGGCUCACUGUUGCUAUGGUGGGUUGUCCUGAUGAAAUGAAAAAUAUCAAGCUUGGAGCAGCAGGUGCUUUUGCUCAGACUCUUAGACGAUACACUUCACUUAAUCAUCUUGCUCAGGCAGCCCGUGCAGUUCUCCAAAACAGCUCUCAAAUUAACCAAAUGUUGACUGACCUAAAUCGUGUAGAUUUUCACAAUGUUCAGGAGCAGGCUUCUUGGGUUUGUCAGUGUGAUAGCCUUAUAGUUCAGCAGUUAGAAACUGAUUUUAAAAUGACUCUGCAACAACAGAAUUCACUUGAGCAAUGGGCAGAAUGGCUUCAAGGAGUAGUUGAUCAAAUUCUUAAACCAUAUGAAGGCAAACCUAAUUUCUCAUCUGCAGCCAGGCAGUUUCUUCUCAAAUGGUCUUUUUACAACUCAAUGGUAAUAAGAGAUCUUACUUUACGGAGUGCUGCUAGCUUUGGAUCAUUUCACUUAAUACGUUUGCUCUAUGAUGAGUACAUGUUCUAUUUGGUUGAACAUAGAGUAGCCAAAGCACUUGGUGAAACGCCAAUUGCUGUCAUAGGAGAGAAAGGGUCGGAGACUGACUACUUACAAAAUGGCAAUAGUAAUUCUGAAAAUUCUUUGGCCAUGGAUCACAAUGGGACUCCAAGUGUUGUUCAACUGAAUCCUAGUAAAAAGUUUAAACUGGAAAGCUAACAAUUUCUUUUCUUUUUUUUGACAUCUGUACUGAUAAAGUUGGCAAAUCAGAAAAGUUAUAUUGGAUGUAAUUAUUCAAUUUUUACUUUUAUUUGCGGUAGUUCAUAGGUAAAUUUUUGUUGGCAGCUCACAUGUAUAUUUAAAGGUUGAUUGUUGUAUAUGCAAGAAAAUAUUAUUGAUACCAGAAGGCUGGCUGGUUGCCGAGGUGUUGAACUCCAACGCAACUGAAAGGCAAAUCUUGCAAAAGAAAAUGUAUCAAUUUCAACUGGUAUGCUUUGAAAUCCAGGCAUGAGCUAUUUUAUUUGUGACAGUCAUCAAAUUUAUUGAGUCAUUAUUUUUAAACCAACUAUUGGUGGUACCCUAUAUUAUUUAAUUACUCUAUUCUGAAAACACUCCUGUAUCUAGGAUUUGUUGGUUGUAAUUUUCAAGAAUACCCAUAAUUGUAUUGGGACCAAAUAUUUAAUAGUGUGGUCAUAUCACAACUAUAGAUCAUCUCUAUGGCUCUUUCCAGAAGUGAAGGUGACUUAUACAUAUUAUCUCAUAGAUUUCAGUAACAAAACAUUAAAAGCCACAGCAAAAAACCUGCCUCAAUGCAUACUAGUCAACUUGUUUUACAUACCUACUGUAGUAAGAAAUACAUGCCUAAGAAACAAUCGUUAUUCAAACAAAAUGUUCAGUACAUUUAGGAUUUGGAGGCUGUGCUUUACAUUCCUGUAGUAGAUUUUCUGUUGGACCCAAACAGAUCAUUUGGUGAGUCUUAGAUACACCACUAUUGGGCUUUUUGUCAUUCAGUAAAAAAACUGGAUAUUUUGAUAUUGUCAUUGUUUUAAGCUGGGAUGGGACAAUGUUCUCAGAAAGGAUAUCUAUAAUAGAAUUGUAACCAACAAUCAAGUUGUGUCAAAAAUUUAUUCUUAGUGUCUGCUUUCCAGUGAAUAGUGAAUAAAUGAAUAAUGUGCUUUCCUAUUCUGUUAAAACAUCUAGUAAUUCAGAUGAAUUUAGAUAAAUAGUGCAUAUUUUUGGCAUGCAUCAUGUUUGUUUAAGUCAAGUACAUAUUUCCUACUGUUUAUUUUGUAUUAAAACUUUUCUUUUGAAGAAAUAUCUGCUGUCUACAACAUAAGAUGUAAAUUGGUCAGUUGUCAGUUUAGUAAAUUUGUAUAUAAGAUGUGGAUCCAUGACUGGAAUUAGACUCUGGAAAAAAUGAUAGCUUAAUUUGUUACUGAAAAAUGAAAAUGGAUUUAGCUUUGUGAUAGUAGGGAAGUAUGUGUAAUAAUUGUAUGUAUAUUUUAUUAUCUAUGCUGCUUUUGUUCCUGUGUCUGUUAAAGGUUUUACAUCUAGCCAUAAUGUACCGUUAUGAUUUUUGGGUUUUGUAGAAGACAUUGCUCAAUUUCAAGAGGCUUCCGUUCAUGACUUAAUUAUGUUAAAGCAAAGAGGCUCUAAACCUUCCAUACAUGUGUUGUCGAAAUUUCAUUUCUUGUUGUAAUUGUGCCCUUGUUUCACAUUGGUUGGCAUUGUCUACUUUUUGGAGGCAACAGUAUAGAAGGCUAUUAGUAUGAAAAAAAGUUCCAAUUUCGUCCCUUUAUGAAUUGUGUCUGAUUUUUAGGUCUAUUAAUGUGCAAACAGUUUUAAAUAUGUCCCUCCAACACCUGUUUUCCUUAUUAUAAUCUGUGAUUGUUAUUUGUGUAUGUGUUCUAGAUACCACUUGUUUUUCAUAUAUAUAAUAUUUAGAUUGGAUGUGACAGUGCAUUUGAAAUCUUAAGAAUACAGUGUGUGCUUAAGCAGAUAACUUAGAUCUGUUUUUCAAACAGCUUGCUUGGCUUGUCUUUGGUGAUAUAUUCUGUCUGACAACGGUGGGAUUCUAUCUACUCAAUAUCAUUGUCAUUGUUGUGUACUGUUGUCUUUCCACUCGUGCUUUUCUUCCAAGAUGUGCUUUUAAUGCUAAAUCAAAUUGAUAUUUUUCCUUUUCAUUGAUAUGCGGAAAGUGACAAUGGACUUUACAAUACACAAUACAUUAUUUUUGUAUGAUUCUUCGGACAAAUUUUGACCACAGACGUUAAUUGUAGUGCCAUUACCUUUAUUUAGAUACUGGUAUUUUUCCUGUCAGUGUGUGUUGGAAACUCAAAGUACUUCUACAUUUUCUGUGAGAGUGCUUUUAACCCAAAGAUAGAAUUGGCUUUUAUCCUUAAUACUCUUUUUAUGUUUGCAUGUGUAGAGAAUUAAAAACUCCUGAUUUAAGUCAACAUUUUUUGUAUUUCAACAAUUGAGAUUAUGUUUUUUUUCUUAAACAAAGUUUGUGGGGCUAAACUUUGUUCACUUUAGCAGGGAUGUGUUUUCCAAGAGUUCUUUGAAAUUUUUAUUUUCAUUGUUUAAAUGUGCUCCUGUAUUCUUUAAGUCGUAGUUAGGAAGAGAAAAACAUGUACAUGAUGCAAACAAGUUGAUGUAACUAGUCAAACUUAUAUUUAUAUACAAGAUAAAAACAGUAAAUGUAAGUAACAGCAUGAAUUCUUACAUUUUACAGCUGAUUGUAUGCUUGUAUUAAAAUGCAACGCAAAACAA